GGAUGAUAGAGAUAGAGGCAGAUAGGCGAAGCAUUGAAAACAGAUUAAAUAAUGAAUUAAUGAAAAUAAAUGCAAAUUAUUUAAUAAACAAAUAAAUUUAAUAUAAAAUAUAUAGAAUGUACUUGUUCAGUUGUAUGUCAAAGAAAGAUUGCGAGGAUAUGUGGACCGGGAACAAUAGAAAAGGACCUUGCAGCACGACAACAAGCACAGAUGACAAGAUGGACGGGCAUUGCACAGUUGAACAGCGACUCAUCAUUGAGAACAACGACCUGAAGAGCAAACUCUGCAACUUGGAGAAGAGGAUGAAAGAAAAAGAUCAACAGAUCAGUAUUUAUGAGAGUCGACUAUCUGAGCUUCAGGCAACUGCCAAUGACCAGACGAUCGAGUUGAACCAGUUACGAAACAAAUUGAUGAACAUGGCCUCCCCUGAUAAAUCACAUCCAAUGAAGGAGAGAACAUUAGAAAGAGAACAGACCCUAGAAAGGCUGAAAAAGAAGCAUCUCGAUGUUGAAAAGCUGAAGGCAGCCAUGGAAAACUUGAUGACAACCAAUGAAGAAAAGAAUGCAAAGAUAGAUGAGAUGUCGGAGCAGCUGCGGAAGUACAGACUGUUGCAUCAGAAGGUUGCCUGCCUCCAUGCAGACAAUGUAUUGUUGGAAUGCGGACUGGACGCUGGCGUUCCUUCUCCCUCUUCCUCCUCAUCCAUCCAUCAUGCAUUCCCUACCGCUGCAAGCACUCCAAGAACAGAUGCAACAACCACAUCGGCAUCAUUAUCAGCACUGCCCAGUCCUGUCAAACCAUCAUCAUCAUCACUCUCUUCCAACAGUUACACCAACAUUGGAGGUCACGAACUUAAGACACCACCAGCAAGCAAAAGGCAACUUCUGCUCUUGCCAACGGUUGUCAACGGCAACAACAACACAAAUACAACUACAACAGCAAGCAGUCCAGCAUCUGGUAUGAGCAACAAUAACAGCGGCGCGAAUGGAGACGAGACGUUGAAGGACGAACUUGCCCAAGAGUUCAAGGCCAUGCAAAACCAGCCAACCAAUCAGGAACAAGAUAAGAAGAAAUCAUCAACAGCUAAAACCAUCAAGAGGCUAUUUCAUAGGUUAAGGAGGAGCAAUUCACAGGAGUUUGAUGGAAAGAUGGAAGAGUUCAAAAGGUCAGCGUUGAGGUCAACUGCUGGGCCAAGAUUGGGAUGGAACACCAACAACAAUAGGAUUAAUUUUGAAUUGAAAAACUCGAUGGACAAGAAUUCAUUCAGCAGUUGGGAUGCGGAUAGGAUAGCACUGUGGAUGCAUGGCAUGGGAUUGAGUUGUUACGCUGGGGAGUGCAAAAGAUGGCUCAAAUCAGGAGAGCAGCUCCUCACUGCUACCUCGCAUGAUCUCGAGAAGGAGUUGGGCAUGAAGAAUGCAUUCCACAGGAAGAAGUUGCAACUGGCGAUGCAGGUCAUCACAUCUGACCCCACCUCUCCCGUCAUCUCCCUCGACCACAACUGGGUGCAAAAGUGGCUCGACGACAUAGGACUGCCGCAGUAUAAAGAUCAGUUCUUGGAUGCUCGUAUUGACGGCUGCAUGAUCAACUAUCUCACGAAUGAGGACCUGCAGAACUUGAAGGUGAUGAGCUUGAUGCAUCAUAUGAGCUUCAAAUGCGGCAUCCAGGUCCUCAGACACCACAACUUCGACGCGCAGGCCCUGAAGAGGAGGCCAGCAUCCAAUGAGGAGAUGGUCCUGCAGAACUGCCCGCAUGAGGUCUGCACCUGGACAAACCACAGGGUGAUGGAGUGGCUGAGAAGCAUCGACCUCUCUGAAUAUUCACCCAACCUGAGAGGCAGCGGGGUACACGGAGGAUUGAUGGUUCUGGAGCCGAGGUUCAGUGCCGAUGUUCUGGCGGCGAUACUGUCCAUCCCGUCAAACAAGACGCUACUAAGACGCCAUCUUACGACACAUUUUGUAUCUCUGGUUGGCAGUGAAGUGCAACAAAUGAAGAGGAGUGUUGAGAAUGAGGCCAACUAUAUACCACUCUCAACAAAUCAAAAAGUCAAGCCCAGCAAGAAGAUUGGUUUAUUUCGACCACGCACUUCUGAAAUGCGUGAUGAUUUUGUCUGCCCGCUGCACCUCAAAUCAUUGCAGAACUUCAAACUGGAAAGCCUCUCCAACAAAACGCCAGAUGUCCUCUACGCCAGUGGUUGUACGACUGCCACAAACACCAACAGCGCAGUUGCUGUCGCUCCUAUCGAUAAGCAGCAGCAGACAAGAGAUCACGAGCACCAGCAAGAAAACCUGCCGACUUCAGAUGUUUGAAGAAUUCGCGUCGCCAUUCAUUCACUUCACUGAUUGGUCGGAUGGUUUGUUGGACGGAAGAUUCAAACUCGUCACCUGAUCAGAUGUCAACCAAUCAAUUCAACGAGAAAUUCAAAUUUAUUAUUAGAAUUUCUAUUGUUACUAGCAAUUUCAUUUAUUUUCCAGUCUUUUUGAUAAUUUAUAAUUGGUUCAAUUCAUCUUCAUUCAUUUUUUGCACUACUGUCAUGUCAUUUCUCAAAUACUGAAAUCUAUUUUUACUAAUAAUAUUAUUAUUUUAUUUGCCUGGCAGUCAAAGUUUUUUAUAAUGGUUUUCUUUUUUCAUUGUCUACUUUAGUUCAGUUUAGUUAGUAUCAGGCGAUGAUUUCGUUUCAAAUAAUUGCCAUAUAUUUAGACGUUAACCAUCAUGCAACUAAACGAUGUUUUAUAAAAUGCCUUACAACAUCUUGCAUGUUGAUGAAUGAUCAGCCGUAUUUCCACUCGUUAACAUACUUGGGUUAUGUAAUUUUUGUGGACUCUAUUUGUAAUUAACUUGAAAUGAACGUUUCACGGCGGAGUAACAAAUUCUUCAGCCCGUCCGUGUCAGCAGACAGUUUGAGGUUUUUGAUUUUAGGACAAAUCCUUUUUUUUUCAAUUAUUGACAAGUUGGUCAGUAUGUCCUACGAUGGUUGAAUAACUGCUUUAGAUUUGAGCAAUACCUCUGAAGUUGAAAUGAUGAAGGUGGCUGGCACAAGUUAAAAUUAAUUUGUUAUAUUUGAGUGGGCGGUCGUUUUAACGUGAUUUUUGUUUAUUCGUGUAAAGUUUAUAUUUUGUGAUGAACUUUAUUUUACGUGUGUGCAUACUUUGAUACAUUUUUCCCAAUCUCUUCCGUUGAGUUGAGAAGUCCAUUUCAGCUCCGAUAUCUCCACAUUGGUCAAAUAUGCAGUAUACAAUUUGUGCCUGAAAACUUUUUGAUGUAAUAUUUAUAUUUGUACAGAAAUGUGUUUAUUUAUGUGGGGAAAAUGUAAUUGAUUGCUUUCACAUGUUUUUAGCACAUGAUGUAAUUUCAUUGACGUUUAAAUCGAGAGAGACAUUAUUAUUAUAUCAUGAUUAAUAUCAAUUAUUUCCAAUGUGGCCUUAAAUUGAGUUAUAACAAUUA